AUGAAAACCUUAGAUAAAGAAUCUUUGGAUUUGAAAGAAGAAUCCUUCACAGUCGAAAGAAAUUUACAUUUAAGACAUCAUAAAUCAUCUCUUGAUCAAUCAUUAGAAGACAAUAAAACAGAAGUAAAUUCUUCCCAGAUUGAGGUUGAUGGCUAUCAAAAUUUAUCUGAUCCAUCGUCAGAAAGCAUACUUAAUGCUUCUUUUUGAACUCAGGGAACUAAUAGGGAUAUCUUUGAAGUAACCCAAAGUGCUGAAUCUCUUACAAUUCCCUCUAAAGGCCUUUGAAAUUUUGGAAAUGACUGCUUUGCCAAUGCAUCGUUCCAGCUCCUCUUCUCAGUGGCUCCACUCAUCAGGUCUUUCCUUGAUGCUCACUCUUCAGGCUCCUUUGCUAGUACUUCUGAUGUUGAAGUCACAUCCAAAUUUGCCAGACUUGUCAAUGCUUACUGUAACUCAGAGACCAGAGUUGUGAGAGAUAGAGCAUGCAGAAAAUGCUUUAGUGGCCAAUUCACUCUAAACUGGCAACAUGAUGCUAGCCAGUUCAUAUCUACUUUGUUUGAAAAGAUCCAGCAAGAACAUGACAAGAAUGAUUCAAUCUUAAGUUUCUCAGAGUACGAUACCUGGCAGAGUGCUUGGAAGUUUUACAGGGAAGAGAGAACAUCCAUUAUUGAUAAACUCUUUACAGGGUUCUACCAGAACACGUUCAGAUGUAAGCAUUGAUCAGCUGAAGAAAAGAACUUUGAAGAAUUCAAAAAUAUUCCAGUCUAUUUUAACGAAGAUGAGAAUGAAGAAAGUCAGUUCUAUUGAAAAACAUGAGAAGAUAUUAGAGACUGCAUUAUAGAAAAGAAAGUUAUGGUUUCUCCUGAGCUAUUACUUUUACCUAUUCAGAGAAUGGAUCCUUUUACGAUGCAGAAAAGACAUGAUUUCAUGGAAUAUGAAGAAGAUGUAAGGAUCUGAACUAGUGAAGAAGGAGCACAAAACUACUCCCUUAUCAGCGUAAUCUGUCAUUACGGAAGCAUUGGAUUUGGCCAUUACACAGCCUACUGAAAAAGACAAGGCACUUGGAAAUACUAUGAUGACGCAAGUGUAGACGAAAGAGAUCAAAACUACCUUAAUGGAGAUGCAUAUAUUUUGCUAUAUCAGAAACAGAGAGAAAUUAAGAAUAAAUUAAUAUAG